AUGGCACUAUUAGUGAAAACUACAGGGACUAUUAACUGCUCCGAACCGACUACAGAUGCUCUUUUAGUAGCCCUGAAGGAGAAUAUCUUUGGCAAAACUGAAGUGAGGCCAGUUAUUAACCUGAAAACUCCCACCAACAUCAAUGUAACCUUCACUCUGUAUGGAAUUUUAGAUGUGGAUGAAAAAGCUCAAAUAUUUGAUUCCUUCAUUUGGGUGUAUUUGUUUUGGAAUAUUGAAGGUUUGAGUUGGGAUCCCGUUGAAUGUGGAACAGACAGAAUCUCACUGCCAAGAAAACAACUGUGGAGGCCUGAUAUUGUUAUUAAUGAAUUCAUGGAUGAAAAUAAAGCCCCAGACACAUAUUACCUUUAUGUCGAACAUACUGGUAAGGUAAUGGAUGAUCUUCCAAUUCAUGUGAUCAGUUCCUGCAACAUGGACAUCUACACCUUUCCAUUCGAUAUUCAGAACUGUUCAUUUACUUUUAAUUCAUACAAGCUUAAUGGUAAGUUGUUUAAUCAGAUUGUUCUCAGCCGUCGACCCACCAUGUAUGUGGUGAACCUCCUGAUUCCCAGCUGUUUCCUCAUUGCUGUAGAUCUAUUCAGCUUUCUUCUACCACCUCAGAAUGUGGAUCGUUCUGCCUUCAAAAUGACUCUCAUCUUGGGUUACACUGUGUUCCUGCUGCUAAUGAAUGACCUGCUGCCCGUCACAGGAAACACCUUACCUCUCAUAAAUGUGUUUUUUUCUCUCUGCUUGGCACUGAUGGUGGCCAGUCUUCUGGAGACAAUUCUUAUUGUAAAUAUUCAGUGUGGCUCCAGUUACUAUGGACCGUUACCUCAAUGGGCCAGGGUGCUUUUCCUCAACUACCUUGCUAAACUUGUUUUUUUAAGCAAGAAAUGCAGUGACCAAAACUGUGAUCCUGAAGGGAAGUGCAGAGAGUUCCUCAGGGCAGGGGCUCGAGCCCCCAAAGCACCACUCACCCCCCACCCCCCUCUGCACAUGCCUGUUUCCAUAUGUCAUUUAAGAGUAUUCUAUCUAUGUAUAAAAAAAAUUAUUUCAAAAAUUUCUCUUGUACCUGUAGAGCACAGAACUGAGACCACACGCUGUGAUCCCGUAGUUGAUGCUUCUCAGAGCGAAGCGGUCUAUAAGACAUCUCCUACUCUUCAGGAACUGAGGAAGAUAAGCCACGAGUUACUAUCCAUCCGUCAGCAGGUCAAUAAACAUUUUAAAACUGAUGAGAGCGCAGAUGAGUGGGUACAUUUGGGUCAAGUCAUUGACCGCUUGCUUUUUGGGCUGUAUGUUAUCUUUCUCUCAGUGAGUUUCAUUACUAUUUUUACCAUUUGGCUGUCCUGGUACAACAAAAAUGCAUACUUGACAUAAAUGAACAACAUGAAAAUAAGUGCUGUUGAGUGUAUAUGAUCACUGAACCUAUAAAAACAAGUUGCCAUUUAUUAAAUUAAAUAGUCUAUAAUGCAGAUUUUCUGUCAAUGUUAAGUUCUGUACUUCUGUAUUUGUUUUUAUUGUUUUUUGUAAUCCAACUGAUUAAUCAGCAUAAAUGCAUGUUGUAAGAUGUUUAUUAGGUAUAAAGUUUAGUAAGUUAUGGUAGAAGAACUGCUUCAAGAAACAGUUUUUGGUCUUUUGAGAAAUCACUCGUUGGUUGGAGAAUUUUUUUAUAUUAACA